ACACACACACGAAGAAGAAGAAAAGAAACCAUUUGCAGGGAGCGCACGGCUUCCGUCUGGUCCUGAACUGGACGCAAACAGGCCGAGCAUUUAGAAACCCGCGCAGCUCCCCGCACCGAGAGGCUUCCUCUCGCCUGGCUCCUUCGAAGCGUGGUCUGGACCAGCACCUCCCACAGCACUGGGGGCGCCUUGGAAACGCGGCCUUGGACCUAUUUCCGCGGGGGCAGGCGGCGAUCGGUGGCCCUGGUCCUCGCAAGGCCCCUCACCACCCAGAACUGAAUCUCUGGCGGGCCCUGCUGUGCGGUCAGCAGACGCCCAGGUGCAGGGGCGGUGGCCGGCGUCGCGGUGGAGCUCGUUAAAGUACCGGCACGCUGGCCGCGCCCACGCCACGGGCGGGAGGGGACGGUGAGUGCAGGGACCCAGGCGACCGGCCGGCCGGCGUCCCCGCGCCUCCUGGCGGCCAGAAGCAGGGCCUGCGCUUCCCCGGCUAAGGGGUGCCGGCCCCCACCCCGGCACCUGGGAGUGAAGGUACCAGCGGGUCUCCUGGGCGGUCUCCUGGGGCCGCUCGUUCCUUCACCAUCCCCAGGGGCAGUUGGACCCUGAGCAGCCUUAGCCAAUAGCCCCGGGACUACCCUUCCCAGAGGAUUCAGCGGCAGCACCCGGGUCUCGGAAGGGAGACACUAGGACCUGGAGGAGGGGAGUUUUGCAAUCCCUCGCAGUUCCCCUCCUAGCCAGUAGGUGACACUAGCCAUAAAUUUAUUUCCCAGUUUACUCCCCUCGCUCAAACUCCGCGCCCCUCUCGCUCCGAGAGACAUAGGUCUCGCGAGAUCUUUGGUAAACUUACAGAACCGGAAGCAGCGUGUAGUUCUCUUCCCUUUUGCGGCCAUCACCGAAGCGGGAGCGGCCAAAAUGAAGUUUAAUCCCUUUGUGACUUCCGACCGAAGCAAGAAUCGCAAAAGGCAUUUCAAUGCACCUUCCCACAUUCGAAGGAAGAUUAUGUCUUCCCCUCUUUCCAAAGAGCUGAGACAGAAGUACAACGUGCGAUCCAUGCCCAUCCGAAAGGAUGAUGAAGUUCAGGUGGUACGUGGACACUAUAAAGGUCAGCAAAUUGGCAAAGUAGUCCAGGUUUACAGGAAGAAAUAUGUUAUCUACAUUGAACGGGUGCAGCGGGAAAAGGCUAAUGGCACAACUGUCCACGUAGGCAUUCACCCCAGCAAGGUGGUUAUCACUAGGCUAAAACUGGACAAAGACCGCAAAAAGAUCCUUGAACGGAAAGCCAAAUCUCGCCAAGUAGGAAAGGAAAAGGGCAAAUACAAGGAAGAAACCAUUGAGAAGAUGCAGGAAUAAAGUAAUCUUAUAUACAAGCUUUGAUUAAAACUUGAAACAAA